GUAUGUUUAAAAUUGUUUUCAUAAUUAAAUAGGUUCUUCAUUUGAAUAGUAUCGUCCAAUAGCAUUGAAUGAACUUAUUCAUCUUCGUCAUACUUAUCCAGGUAAUCAAUCAAAACUUGUUUUUGGUAAUACAAGAGUUGAAUUUGAAAGAAAAUAUAAUAAAAUAAAUAAUUUUCGUCUAAUAUCAAUAACACAUAUUAAAGAAUUGCGAGAACUAAAACGAACAAAGAAUUCAUUAUAUAUUGGAGCUGGUGUUACAUUUACACGUUUAAAAUCGCAAUUAAUCCAAUGGAAUAAUGAUGAUAGUUUUUGUCAAGCUUUAUUAGAUCAAAUGAAAUAUUUUGCAUCAACACAAAUACGAAAUGUUGCUUCAGUUGGUGGAAAUAUAAUCACUGCUGCACCUGACUCAGAUAUCAAUCCUAUAUUAGAAGCUGCAGAUGCUAUACUUGAACUGCAUCGUGCUGAUAAUGAAAAAGUGCGUCAAAUUCAUUUAUGUGACUUUUUUCUCGGUAAUAGUCGUGUAUCAAUUGCAGACAAUGAAAUUCUUGUUGCCAUUCAUAUUCCUUUUGAAAAUUCAUCAAAUAAAUAUUUUCUUCGAUCAUAUAAACAAGCUCGUCGUCGAGAUGAUUCGAAAGGAAUUGUUAGUGCUGCAUUUAAAGUUGAACUUGAAAAAAUCGAUUCUAUUGAUAAUCAAUGGAAAAUUGUUUCAGCUUGGUUUUCAUUUGGUGGAAUGGCAUCAAAAACAAUUUCAGCAAUAAAUACUCAACAACAAUUAAUUGGAUUACUAUGGACAAAACAAACAAUUAAUCAAACAUAUGAUAUGCUUAUUAAAGAAAUGCCACUUAAUGAAUUAAGUCCAGGUGGUCAAUAUCAAUAUAGACAAACAUUAAUGCAAUCAUUUCUAUUUAAAUUUUAUUCAUAUGUAUCUAACGAAUUACGUCAAUCGUUGAUUGAUUCAAUUGAUAUUUCUUGUCGUCGAGGAGUAUCUCAUGGUCAACAGACAAUACCUGAACGACCUGUAACACAAAAAAUCGUUGGUAGUUCAUUAUCACAUCGAUCAGCUUAUUUACACACAACGGGAGAAGCUAUAUAUAUAGAUGACAUGCUAUCUCAUGUCAAUACACUUUAUGCUGCACUUAUACUUAGUACACAAGCAAAUGCACGAAUAAAACAUAUUGAUAUUGAACAGGCUUCGAAAGUUCCAGGUUUUGUAUCAUUUGUUAAUUAUACUGAUGUACCAGGUUCAAAUCAAUUGAAUGGUAUGUUAUCCGACGAAGAAGUAUUUGUAUCAUCAAUUGCACUUUGUGUUGGUGCUGUAAUUGGUCUUGUUGUCUGUGAAUCUGAACAUGCAGCUAAAUUAGCUUCAAAUCUUGUUAAAGUUGAGUAUGAUUUAUUAUUACCAAGAAUUUUCUCUAUUGACGAUGCUAUUAUUCAUCAAUCUUAUUUUGGUGAUGAAAUUUCUCUUGGAAAAGGAGAUAUUGACCAAAUUUUUCUUAAAGCUGAACAUAUUUUAGAAGAUACAUUAUAUAUUGGUGGUCAAGAA